AUGACUAUGGUUCGGCAGUACCCCCCGCAGCCGCCGUCGCAGCUUCCCUCCUCCGUGGCCUACAACAACAUCGCUCCUGCCCCCGCCCACGCCCCGUUCCUCCGCAAUGCCGCCAACUUCGAGGGACACAGUCUCGCCCAGCAAGCGCGGCCGCAGCAGUACGCCCACCCGCUCUCCAGACACAACUCGUACGGCUCCCAGCCCUCCGAGUCUGGCCGGACACCCAAACCCGCAGAACACAUGCUUCGCCGCAAGACGCCCAACGGAAUUCUGGCAGCUGCGUAUGACGGCACAUCCGUCGAGAAGAACGGGGAGCCGCAUGCAACCAAACACAUCCUCCUUCCCGUGACAGCUGAAUCAAAACCACCUUACGGUGUCAAGCAGGAUCUGCCUCUUCGCUCGCCAGGUGUCAACAGCGGCUUCGGACACGGUCAACAGAAUACGCCAGAAUGGAGUCCCAGUCGCUACUUCGAGACCGGGUCGGGUCUUACUGGCCAGCACCUACCCCAGAUUGAUUCUAUGCUGAAUCAAAUACCCACGUUACAACCUCUUCUUCCAUAUCAAAUGUACGGCCAUCCCUUCUGCGGGCCCAUGGGCCCGCCCUUCCAGGCGCCGUUGAAUCCGACUGUUUCCAACGACCAAGGACCAUUUGGACCCUAUUGGCACGACGGCACUUACAUCCCAUAUCGGCCUGCUGCCAUGCGGGAUCCUCGUUUCCUACAUCAUCCGAGUCACAAUUGGAGUCACCCGCAUAGUAAUGCCUUUAUCAGUCACCCUUACAAUGUCGUGCCCAACUAUGCUCAUUAUCCGCAAAAUCCUGUCCACCUGGAUUAUACCCAAGGCGCCUACAAUCAUCCAGCGAGGCCGUCAAUAGACUUAUCCCCCUAUGCACAGCCUCAAAACCAUGUCGCGUUAGACUAUCAGAAUCAAUCGCUACCUCCCCCUCUCACACAGCGUCCUCAAGAUUACCUACACUCUGGCCAGACGACGCCAGUCGCGGAGUAUACCCCCAUCAUGCCGACCGACGAGUACGGGCCAGAGUCACCCAACGGGCAAAGUCGGGAAAAGGUGUUUGCUUGGGCUCACGCAGUAUAUGUGGACCUACUCAAGUACCUUCAAUCAACACGUAAAGCCAAUUCGCAAAACGCUCAUGGACGUACACACCAUAGACCGCACAUCUAUCCUAAGCCGCCACGGCAGCCUGGACUCAGUCUGUCGAGUUCCUCCACCAACAGCGUUCCAUCUCUGGAGCGACGUGUCUCAUAUCCUAUUCCUACUCAGUAUGCCUCUCACUCGAGGGCAGAUUUCGGAUCUAGGAGACCCGCAAUGCCACACUCGCGCUCCCUGUCCGCGUGGUCCGUAGGCAGCUCGGAUGCAAAUGGCCAAUCAUGGCAAGGGGUACCACCGCAACACUCUAUGCUGCCCCCAAUGCCAGGCAUGGAUCCACCACGUACCUUGCGGCGGACCUCUGGCUCAGUCGCAGGCGCCCACCAGAAUCUCCGCCAGGGCCUGCCUCCGAGUAUGACCGCUGCCUCAGCGCUCGAAGCGAUCACGAAGCAUUGUGAAGAGAGUAAAUGGAGCUGGAUAGAUGGCAUACUUUUAGGGGGUUGUCUCGCGUAUGCACUAGGUGACUAUCAAAAGGCUCAGGACUGGUACAAACACAUCCUUACCUUGGACAAAGAUCAUGUUGAAGCUAUCUCGAACCUUGCAGCUACAAUGCUUGCUCUUCAGCAGAAGCGUGAAGCCGAAAACUACUGGAGACGCGCAGUGAAACUUCGACCCAGUUACUUCGAAGCUGUCGAGCACCUGAUUGGCCUACUCUGCAGUGACCACAAAGGUCGUGAAGCUGUUCAGGUCAUCGAAGAAGUUGAACGCCAUUUGAGAUUUGCCAAGAGGGCCGACGCUCUUCGGAGCCUCGAAGUUGAAAGCGAACGUUCUGCCUCUGAAAUAAGCGAGUCAAGUCUAUCGGAAGCAUCUGAUCGGCCCGUGUUUGAGUUCGAGGGGGAGGACGAAGCCGUCUUCAAGGAUCUAGACGAGCUCCCUGGCUCGGACCAGCCAGGCUUUGGUUCAAGCGGCUAUGCCAUUGCUGGUUGCGACAACGGUCGCGUUCUAGCUCUGGUGCAUGCCAAGGGCAACAUGUUGUACGCACUCGGCGACAAUGCCGGUGCCGCCAGGGCUUUCGAGAACGCGGUCCUCAUCGCAUCUGGACCUCAUCCCAAUGGCAUCGAUGGCCUCAUCAGGCGCAUUCUUGGCGUCGUUGGAUACAAUGUAGCGGAACGCUCUCCAGGAGGUCGACGUAUGCCCCCAUCGUCUGAUCCUAUACUGCUACCGCCGGACGCAGCGACCAGAACGGCUUUGCUCUGCUUCGCGCCGCACGGCCAACUUCCGGGCCUGAAAUACGUUCCUAGCGAAGGUCUCUCUAGGAAGGCGGCUAUCUCGACUACAAGUAACUCUCUGCUUUCGUUAGCAAAGAUUUUCCAGGACGGUAUGGCAACCAACUCACCCAAGAAUACCGUUUACCAAAGUAACUAUGGUGUACGAGAGAUUUUGGCUCUAUACUACCUGUCGCUUUCCCUGCAGCCUAGCCCAUCGACUGCAAACAACGUGGGCAUUCUUCUCGCUAGCGUACAGCAAUCUGCCCCUUCGAAAGCCAAUCCAAUGUCGCAUGCUUUUGCCGGACCCCACAUCCCUGGGCUGAUGCCCGGUAGUGGAGUAGCUCUUGCGCUUGCGUACUACCACUACGGACUCCAGCUCGAUUCAUCCCAUGCGCAUCUCUAUACAAACCUUGGAAGCCUCUUGAAAGAUAUCGGCCAACUAGAUUCUGCUAUAAACAUGUAUACACAGGCAGUCAAGUGUGAUCCGAACUUCGACAUUGCUCUCGCCAACCUCGCCAACGCCGUCAAAGACAAAGGCCGGAUAGCCGAUGCCAUUUACUACUACAGAAAAGCAGUAAAGUCCAGUCCAGACUUUGCCGAAGCUGUCUGCGGGCUUGCUAAUGCCCUUAACUCUGUUUGCAACUGGGCUGGCAGAGGUGGUAUUGCCGAACACGGCGGAUCAAGAGACCGCUGGCAUGUCAACGACAGUGGCAUGCUUCUAGACGCCAAGAUACCCGGUGCGUCGAGCUCAGGUUGGAUCCACAAAGUCGUGAAAUUGGUCGAGAAACAGCUUGCCGAUGGUGAGGACUGGGGUCGAGGCAUGAUGAAUGGACAGUUCAUACAAGAUGUCAUCCGUCCCCUAGCUCUCACGGGGAGCGCGCAAAAUGUGAAAGAGAAGGAAAAUAGCAUGGUGUCAGUGUUGCAGCAAUGGAAGGGUCAAAAGUGGGAGGGUGCUCGCAUCGUACGACUCGUUGAGCGUGCUAUACGAUGGAUGACUUGGCAAUGGUACCAGGAUCGCUACGUCACUGGAACACAGCGACCACCGGCCUCCUACAAGAGACCUCAAUUGCCAGCAGCUUUGACGGUACCUGCGGCGCCUACUGUCCUACCGUUCCACACAUUCACCUGCCCCAUGUCGGCUAAACAGAUACGUCUUAUCUCGCAACGUAAUGGCCUCCGCAUUUCGACCUCGACGUUGAGAGUCCCUUGGUUACCUGCGACCGUCUACCAGCCUCCUGCGCCACCGAAACCAUACUUGAGGGUCGGCUACGUAUCAUCGGAUUUCAACAACCACCCGUUGGCCCACUUGAUGCAGUCGGUAUUCGGUUUCCACAAUCCAGGUAGAGUGAAGGCAUACUGUUAUGCCACCACAGCGAGUGAUGGAUCAGAGCAUCGUAAGCAGAUUGAGAGGGAAUCGCCUGUCUUCUACGAUGCCAGCAGCUGGUCAGCGGAACGACUUGUUCACCAGAUAACUCAAGAUGGCAUCCAUGUUCUUGUCAACUUGAACGGCUACACAAGAGGUGCGCGGAAUGAAGUCUUCGCUGCCCGUCCCGCCCCUAUCCAGAUGGCGUUCAUGGGUUUCGCGGGUACUCUCGGCGCCGAGUGGUGCGACUAUCUUCUUGCCGAUGAUACCGCUGUUCCUCCAGAUACACUCCGACAAUGGCGCCGUAACAUUGACCUGGAAGACGCUCUUGUAGACGACAACAGCGGUGGUUCAGACGAAGAAUGGAUCUACGGAGAGAACAUUGUCUUCUGCCGGGACACCUUCUUCUGUUGUGACCACCGGCAAAGUGCUCCAGAUUCGCAAGGACGACAGCCCAAUUGGGAAGAAGAGCAACAGCGGAGGUGGGCCAUGCGUAAAGAGAUCUUUCCCAACCUCUCGGAUAAUGCGAUCAUCCUUGCAAACUUCAACCAGCUGUACAAAAUCGAGCCCACGACGUUCCGUACCUGGUUACGCAUUCUUGAAAAGGUUCCCAAUGCCGUUCUCUGGCUCUUGCGUUUCCCCGAUCUUGGUGAGACCAACCUCAAGCAGACAGCUCUUGCCUGGGCAGGUGCAGAUGUAGCAAGCCGCAUUAUGUUCACCGAUGUUGCACAGAAGCAUCAGCACAUCUCUAGGGCUCGUGUCUGCGAUCUGUUCCUCGAUACACCGGAGUGCAAUGCACACACAACCGCCGCCGACGUCCUCUGGUCUGGAACACCACUACUGACGUUACCUCGCUACAAGUACAAGAUGUGCUCUCGCAUGGCAGCUUCAAUCCUCAAGGGCGCGUUACCCAAGACACCAGCAGGUGCUCAAGCUGCGAAAGAGCUUAUUGCGAGCAACGACGAUGACUACGAAGCCAUGGCCGUACGUCUCGCACGCAACUGCACGUACAACGGCUACCGAGCGCAAGGCCGCUUGAGCGAGCUUCGCCGCAUGCUUUACGAAUCACGAUGGUCAAGCCCGCUUUUCGACACCAGACGCUGGGUCAGAGACUUGGAAGAUGCUUAUGAGAUAGCAUGGAAGAAAUGGGAGAAGGGAGAAGGUGGCGACAUUUGGUUGAAACACGAACCAUCUCCGCGCACUUAG